GCAACGUCCGACGUGGUGACGUCACGGGGCGACAGCCAAUGAGGCGCGGCGGCGAGCAAGCUGGUUUAGGUUUGAAUGUGAGGUGGUGUGUGGCGCGCGUCGGGAGCCGGACGUAGGAGAAAGGUGGUCGCGGAAGCGGUCUUGUCGGCCCCGGAAAGAACAGACAUUCUUAUAAACAGGAAUCAGGAUAAUCAAUAAUGUCUGUCCCUGAGGAAGAUCUGUGUCGCCACAUGAAAGUAGUUGUUCGUGUACGCCCUGAAAACACAAAGGAAAAAGCAGCAGGAUUCCAUAAAGUGGUUCAAGUGGUGGAUAAACAUAUAUUAGUUUUUGAUCCCAAACAACAAGAAAUCAGUUUUUUCCCUAAAAAGAAAACUGCAAAUUUUGACAUUUCAAAAAGACAAAAUAAAGAUCUUAAAUUUGUAUUCGAUACUGUUUUUGAUGAAACUUCAACUCAGUUGGAAGUUUUUAAACACACUACCAAGCCAAUUCUUCGUAGUUUUUUGAAUGGAUAUAAUUGCACAGUGCUUGCCUAUGGCGCUACGGGAGCUGGGAAAACCCACACGAUGCUGGGAUCGGCGGGCGAGCCUGGAGUGAUGUACCUAACAAUGUUAGACCUCUACAAGUGCAUAGAUGAGAUUAAAGAAGAGAAAAUCUGUAGCAUUGCAGUUUCUUACCUGGAGGUAUACAAUGAACAGAUUCGUGACCUCUUGGCAGACUCGGGGCCACUUGUGGUCCGUGAGGAUGCCCAGAAGGGAGUGGUGGUUCAGGGUCUCUCUUUGCACCAGCCCAGAUCCUCAGAAGAAAUUUUGCAGUUACUGGAUAACGGGAACAAAAACCGGACGCAGCACCCCACGGAUGCCAACGCUGCCUCCUCUCGGUCUCACGCUGUUUUCCAGAUUUAUUUGCGUCAGCAAGACAAAACAGCAAGCAUCAACCAGAAUGUCCAUAUUGCCAAGAUGUCGCUUAUCGAUCUGGCAGGGUCCGAGCGGGCCAGCUCCACCAGUGCCAUGGGGACCCGGUUUGUGGAGGGCACGAACAUCAACAGGUCCCUUCUAGCACUCGGAAAUGUCAUCAAUGCCUUGGCAGACAGAAAGAAAAAGAAUCAGCAUGUUCCUUACAGGAAUAGUAAGCUUACUCGCUUGUUAAAGGAUUCUCUUGGAGGAAACUGUCAAACUAUAAUGAUAGCUGCUGUUAGUCCUUCCUCUCUAUUCUACGAUGACACAUACAACACUCUUAAGUACGCUAACCGUGCAAAGGACAUUAAAUCUUCUCUGAAGAGCAAUGUUCUUAAUCUCAACAACCACAUAUCUCAGUAUGUAAAGAUCUGUAAUGAGCAGAAGGCAGAGAUUUUAAUGUUAAAGGAAAAACUAAAAGCUUAUGAAGAACAGAAAGCCUACACAGAUAAAAAUGGCGAAGCAAAGUUAAUGAUUUCAAGCUCUCAGGAAAAAGAAAUAGGAAGAUUUCAAGAGAUUCUUAACUGCUUGUUCCAGAAUCGAGAAGAAAUUAGGCAAGAAUAUCUCAAGCUGGAAAUGUUACUUAAGGAAAAUGAACUUAAGUCAUUCUAUCAACAGCAAUGUCAUAAGCAAAUAGAAAUGAUGUGUUCUGAAGACAAAGUAGAAAAGGCCACCUGCAAACGAGAUCACAGACUUGCGAUGCUGAAGACACGUCGCUGCUACCUGGAGAAAAAGAAAGAGGAGGAGUUGAAGCAAUUUAAUGAAAAUACUAAUUGGCUUCAUCGUGUGGAAAGUGAGAUGGGACUCUUGGGCCAAAAUGGUAACAUUCCUGAGGAACUCAGUAAAGAUCUUCAUUUUCACCAAUUACACCUCCAGAAUGCAGAUUUGAAAGCACAGAUUAGACAUAUGGUAGAUCUUGCUUGCCUGCAAGAACAGCAAUACAGGCAGACUGAGCUAGUACUGAAUGCUUUACUCCCAAGCCUAAAAAGACAGUAUUGUGCAUUGAAGGAAGCUGGCUUGUCAGAUGAUGCUUUUGAGGCUGACUUCAAAGAAAUUGAACAUUUAGUAGAGAGAAAAAAAGUGGUGGUUUGGGCAGACCAGACUGCUGAAACUCCAAACCACAAGGCCCUACCAGAGAUUUCUGUUCUCAUGAGCUUUCCCCAACUUGGACCUGUGCAGUCUAUUCUCUGCACAUCUUCAAGUGAAUCAAAUCUGCUUCAGAUUCCUCCACACAAAAGAACUAGAAGAAAAUUAAUAUCUUCCCCCUUGACCGCAAAGCAUACAGAAGAGCCAGCGCUGUCUGAAAGUGUCCAGCUCAAUGACUCUCUCAUCAAAGAACUUCAUCCUAUUUUGUAUACUCCAGAGAACUACAGAAAAACUGUCCCAUGUCCAUCUCCAGUGGCCCUGGUAAAACCAUGCUCACACACUGCGAGCUUCCCAGCUGUCAGCUCCCAUGGAAGCAGUGGUAAUUCUGUGGCUUCGCCAGCCAAGGUAGCCACCCCUCUUCACUGGAGAACAGAAUGUGCACGGGCCAAUUUGGACUCGACCUUUAUCAUAUGUGAAGACUCCAGGAGCCCAAAGGCUAAAAUAGAUGAGCAAGAAGCGUUCCCAAACAACGAAAACGUUUCCAAAAGACCUUACCCUUCUUCACUGUCGGCCACACACCCUGUGCCUGUGUCCAGCGUGGUGCCGUCCUACAUGGCGAUGACUGCUGCCGCCAGGAAGAAGCGGAAGUUAGCAAGUUCCACAUCAAGUAAUCUCUUUCCUGCUGAAGAAAAUCAUGGAUUUGCCAAACGUAUUCGACGAGACAAUUCAAGUGAGAGGGUCUUACAAGAAAACAGACCAACCAUACGACACAAAAAAAACAUCCAUAAACUAAACUUGAACAUGGUUAGGAAAUUCGGAAGAAAUAUUUCAAAAGGAAAUCUAACAUAAGUGACUUCAAAGUUAAGGACGAUGAAACGAGCCUGCUUUUGAAAGGGGUUUGUCAGCUGCUCCCAGAAGUAUGUUUAAAACUCUUGAAGAAGACCCUCUAAAGCUGUUUACCCAAAAGUCUUCAGCAAGCAGAAAAUGAAAACUAUACUUUGAGUAAACAGAAAAUUUCAACAGAAGCUGUUAUGUCUUAAGUUUCUGCAGUAUUUGUUACCCUUUAGGAUUCCUAAUUCAGCCUCGUGUCUGCUCACUUUUAUAACAAGAAGAUGCUAUAACAAGUUGAGGAUGAUUAAGAAAACAAUAGUGAUAUAAAUUAUCCUUGUUUGUUUUUAAAGAGAAUUUAGAAGGGGUAAAAUUAUGGUCCAAGACGUACCAGUCUUUGUUACAUUCCCACACUUCAGUCUACUCACUGGGACUGUCUGUCCUAAAAGUACCUGGUGUUACAAAUGUACAUAAGUGCUGUCCAUAAAGUUGUUGUAAAUAUUAUUUAAAUGUCGGUAAUGAAUAAAAUACUAAUAUUGUCCCUUGCUACUUGAUACAUUAAAGAUGUAGAUUUUAAAGUG